AUGGACCCCUGGACUGUACCCACUUUGCGAACGGGAAGGCUCACCCUCUCCACCUCCCUUGUCAUGCGCACGCAGGGCGUGAAUGACCUCUUCGUCAACCCCUCCCAGGACCGUCUAAGAGGGGAGGUCGCCCCCAGCCCCAGCUCGGGCGUUUCGAUGCUGCAGCUCAACACUGAAAACGGGGAGCUUUUUGCGCUCUACCCCACCAACUACCCUUCCAUCUUGAAAGAUCGUGUGCCAGGCAGCGACAGACCAUGGGAGCUGCUCACAACGGUGGGUGUUCCUGUUGGCCUGGCUGAACCAGAGGCUGAGUGGAAGAAGAUUGUGGACAAGAUCAACGAGAUAUGGUCGGUACUGGUGACAGCGCACAAGAAGGUGUACUCGGGCAACCUGCUGUCCUACACCGUCUUCGCCGUGCCGGUCCACCUCCACAAGGAGCACAAGUUCCGCGCCCUGGAGAGGCAGAUCCUCCAGGAGAUGGGCACCUACCUCGAUCAAGAGAAUAUCAAGAUUGCGGACAAGGGAGUCGCUAUCUUGUUCUUCAAGGAGGAGGCAGAAGGCGACUUGCCCACGUCCUACUUCAUCGAGAUCAGGCGGGAGUAG